AUGCCAAUUGUUUGUCCAUUCAGUCGACUUACACUGGAGGAUCUGGAGGACAGCUGGGAUCGAGGUAUUCCACGAAUAAAUACUCUGUUUCAAAAAGACCGUCAUACACUCGCAUACGAUAAAGGAUGGCGCGUGCGAACGGAGUUCAAACAGUACCAAGUGCUGAAACAGAAUCCAUUUUGGUGGACACAUCAGCGACACGAUGGAAAGUUGUGGAACUUAAACAAUUAUCGUACAGAUAUGAUUCAAGCCUUGGGCGGCGUCGAAGGCAUUCUGGAACAUACUUUGUUCAAGGGUACCUACUUCCCCACUUGGGAAGGUUUGUUCUGGGAGAAGGCCAGUGGUUUUGAAGAAUCCAUGAAGUACAAGAAACUUACCAAUGCCCAGCGCUCUGGUCUUAACCAAAUUCCGAACCGUCGUUUCACUCUGUGGUGGUCGCCAACAAUUAAUCGUGCUAAUGUCUAUGUUGGUUUCCAAGUUCAAUUGGAUUUGACCGGGAUAUUCAUGCAUGGUAAAAUCCCCACCCUGAAGAUUUCACUUAUUCAAAUAUUCCGAGCUCAUUUGUGGCAAAAGAUCCACGAAUCAGUUGUCAUGGAUAUUUGUCAAGUUUUCGAUCAGGAACUCGAUGCACUGGAAAUUGAAACUGUCCAGAAAGAAACAAUUCAUCCCCGUAAAUCAUAUAAAAUGAAUUCCAGCUGCGCCGAUAUACUACUCUUCGCUUCAUACAAAUGGCCCGUCUCCCGACCAAGUCUGUUAGCAGAUUCUAAAGAUCUCAUGGACGGCACGACAACUCAGAAGUUCUGGAUAGAUAUUCAACUUCGUUGGGGUGACUACGAUUCGCACGAUAUCGAACGCUACGCCCGUGCAAAGUUUUUGGACUAUACUACGGACAACAUGUCUAUCUAUCCGUCGCCUACUGGUGUGAUGAUCGCUAUUGAUCUCGCCUACAAUUUACACAGUGCAUAUGGUAAUUGGUUCCCGGGCAGCAAACCGCUUAUUCAACAAGCAAUGGUCAAAAUAAUGAAAGCCAAUCCGGCCCUUUAUGUACUCCGCGAGCGUAUCCGUAAAGCUUUGCAGUUGUACUCUAGCGAACCGACAGAACCGUAUCUGAGUUCACAGAACUACAAUGAGCUCUUCUCCAAUCAAAUCAUUUGGUUCGUCGAUGAUACCAAUGUCUAUCGGGUCACAAUUCACAAGACAUUCGAAGGUAACUUGACGACGAAACCUAUCAACGGUGCUAUCUUCAUAUUCAAUCCACGCACGGGCCAGUUGUUCUUGAAGAUUAUCCACACGUCAGUAUGGGCUGGUCAAAAACGUUUGGGUCAGCUGGCCAAGUGGAAGACGGCUGAAGAAGUGGCCGCUUUGAUUCGCUCGUUACCUGUUGAAGAACAGCCAAAGCAGAUUAUCGUUACUCGCAAAGGCAUGCUGGAUCCGUUGGAAGUGCAUUUGCUAGAUUUCCCCAAUAUUGUCAUCAAGGGAUCCGAGUUACAACUGCCCUUCCAAGCUUGUCUAAAAGUUGAGAAGUUCGGUGACCUCAUUUUGAAGGCCUCUGAACCACAGAUGGUCUUGUUCAAUCUUUAUGAUGACUGGCUAAAGACAAUCAGUUCAUACACGGCUUUCUCGCGCUUGAUCUUAAUAUUACGUGCUUUGCACGUCAACAACGACAAAGCGAAAAUCGUGCUCAAGCCCGACAAAACCACAAUCACAGAACCACACCACAUUUGGCCUUCGCUUUCACCGGACGACUGGAUUAAGGUCGAGUAUCAGUUGAAAGAUCUCAUUUUAGCAGAUUACGGAAAGAAAAAUAAUGUGAACGUGGCCUCAUUGACACAGUCCGAAAUUCGUGAUAUUAUUCUGGGCAUGGAAAUUUCUGCACCUUCGCAACAGCGACAGCAAAUUGCGGAAAUUGAGAAACAAGCCAAAGAACAGUCUCAAUUAACCGCGACCACAACCAGAACGGUGAAUAAACACGGUGAUGAAAUAAUUUCCACCACUACAUCAAAUUAUGAGACACUUCACUUUAGCAGCAAAACCGAAUGGCGUAUUCGAGCUAUUUCGGCCACGAACCUUUAUCUGCGCACGAAUAACAUCUACGUCAGUUCGGAUGAUAUCAAGGAGAAUGGAUACACUUACAUACUACCGAAGAAUAUCUUAAAGAAAUUUAUCACUAUAUCGGAUCUCCGAACCCAGAUUGCUGGCUACAUGUACGGUGUCUCUCCGCCAGACAAUUCGCAAAUCAAGGAAAUCAGGUGUAUCGUGAUGCCACCACAAUGGGGUACGCACCAGACAGUGCAUCUACCAAAUGGUCUCCCGCAGGACGAUUACCUGCGUGAAAUGGAGCCCUUGGGCUGGAUUCACACCCAGCCAAACGAAUUGCCCCAACUAUCACCUCAAGACAUCACUACCCAUGCAAAGAUAUUCUCCGACCAGGAUGGAGAAAAAACGAUUGUGAUCACUUGCAGUUUUACUCCCGGCUCUGUUUCCUUAUGUGCAUACAAGCUCACCCCUGGUGGCUAUGAAUGGGGUAGACAGAAUACGGAUAAGGGGAACAACCCCAAAGGCUAUUUACCCAGUCAUUAUGAACGUGUACAGAUGCUGCUCUCUGAUCGAUUCCUCGGGUUUUUCAUGGUGCCCCCACAGAGUUCGUGGAACUAUAAUUUCAUGGGUGUCCGGCAUGACCCGAACAUGAAAUACGAGUUGCAGCCGCUCAAACCGAAGAAGUUCUAUCAUCGUAUUCAUCGCCCUUCACAUUUCCUGAACUUUACAUCUAUUGAGGAAAAUGAGUUGACUUCGGCGGAUCGUGAUAACCCGUUGGCAUAA